GUGACGUCAGCCCGCCAUUAACCAAAGAAGAAGGAAAACAGGAAGAGCGAAAGAUCAUCUAAAAUGUGCGGGACAGUUGCUGUGGAAUCGAAAUAAUAAUUCUACAAUUUACAUUAGGCUCUGACUGUGAUUUCAAGUUUGUUAGUGUCAUUAUGUAGCUGUAGAUCAUUUUCCACACUGGUGAUGAAGCAGCGCGUGGACUGCUCGGUCACGUGAUAUGUGAUGCUUUUCUCAGCGCUGGCUAGAAUGGGCCAAUUGGGCGUGUGAUUGAUAGCUCAUCACGCAUCUUUUUCAACUUUAUUUUAUAGAGGGUGCUGAGGCAGAUCCUCGUUAGUAUUUCAGGUACUAAAUCCUUGUAGAUAAUACUUUUAAAUGAUUGUGCUUUUAAGAGUAUUAAUGUCUCCUAUAAGACGAAACUCGUGUAGCGCCUCCUGCUUGACGGGUGUGUGUUUAGAAGCGGUGAAAGUGUAAAGUUCAUUGUUUUCUCAGACGUCAUUGAACAACAAACCGGUGAAAUCGCGAUUGUUUAUCUACAGAAGACGGAAUAAUGUGUGAUUCUGCCGCCGGUGGAUGAUGAAGAUCGAGCUGCUGCUGCUCUGCUACUGUUUCUGGUCUGCUGCUCCACACGGCCGUUGUUCAGAGCCGACACUGAGCUCUCGACGUGAUGAGAAACACACGGAUCAACAGCUGGUGAUUGACAGCAGCAGAGAAGUGGAGUCACAGUCUUCCUCUUCCUCACAGAUCCCGGACAUCGUUCCCGUCAGUGCCGGUCCUCAUGUGUCCGGAUCCGGCCGGUCAGUGACGCUCAGGGAUUGUGCCUCUUCAGACUCCUGCUCUACUGACAGUCUCGUCUCGGACGCGUGUGACGCUGCAGAAGAGCUGCCGUUCGACUCGACGCUGCCCAGUUUUCCAGCGGUUCAAGAGAACGUCAGUGUCCGUGAGACGAGAAAACCCGCCAAAGACCAAACUAGGAAACGGAGCAACGCCUCCCACGUCCUGAAAGAUCAGGGAUCCUCAGACACGGACCCUUCGGUGCCCUGCCCUGACCAGGAGAUCCCCACCUUCGACGAAUGGACCAAGAUCAUGAUGGAGACGGAGAAGAGUCAGGUGACGCCUCACGCUCCCGAUGGGAAGAAGCUGCAGCAGACCAUCACCAACUAUGCCUCGGUGGAGUGUGGAGCCAAGAUCCUGUCCUCCAACCCCGAGGCCAAGAGCACUUCAGCUGUUCUGAUGGAGAACAUGGACAUGUACAUGCUGAAUCCCUGCAAUAACAAGAUCUGGUUCAUCAUCGAGCUCUGUCAGCCCAUUCAGGUCAAGCAGCUGGACAUCGCCAACUUUGAGAUCUUUUCCUCAAACCCCAAAGACUUCCUGGUCUCAAUUAGUGACAGAUAUCCAAACAAGAAGUGGGUGAAGCUGGGGACGUUCCACGCGCGUGACGAGCGGAUGGUGCAGAGCUUCCCUCUGGAUGAGCAUCUGUUCGCCAAAUACGUCAAGAUGUUCACCAGAUACAUCAAGGUGGAGCUGCUGUCACACUUCGGCUCGGAGCACUUCUGUCCUCUCAGUCUGAUCAGGGUGUUUGGCACUAGUAUGAUGGAGGAGUAUGAGCUGAACUCGGAGCCGUCAGACAGACACACACACAGUCACGAUGACUACGAUCAGCCACCUGACUUUUUGCCAGUAGAUGACAAAUCCUCCAAGAAUCUGAUCGGAUCUGCCAAAGACGCUCUUCUCACCAUGGUGAACAACAUCGCUGCCAAUGUGCUCGGAGGGCACCCGGAGAGCGCAGGAAACUCUUCCACUGAAGGUUUGAAUGCGUCAGAUGUGGUUCUCCCUGCUGGAGCGAUGCACUCUGGGCCAGUGGCGGAUCAGCUGGAUGUCACUGGGGUUACAGAGACCGUCAGCAUUACAUCAGCGACACACACAGACGCUCCAACCCUUAAAACACGUCCUGCCGAAGACGGUCCCAUCCGAACCGAGCCGGACGCAGAGCAGAUCGUCACUCUGCUGCCUGAGACAGAGUAUGAAUCGGAUCAGUCCUCUGGGGCAGAAAUGGGCCAAACAGAGCCGCAGAACGGACGUGUGAAUGUAAACGCACUGCGCUCUGAAUCACACGCCUUCUCUCUUCAAGAGUACCUUCUGCAGCGCUGCUCUGUUCAAAAGAGGAAGACGGACUCACGCUCGCGCUCUCGUCCGGCUGUAAUAAUGAGCACAAUCACAGAGAGUCCUGUCAUUCUCACUCCAGACGCCCGUUCAGAGCUUCAGUCAGUCAUGUUGGAUCUCGCACCGAGCCUGACUUCAGAUCUGCUGGUUUCUACUGACCGUCUUUCCGUCGAGUCUGUCAGCGAGUGCCUUACAGCAACGCUCCCUCCACAGAGCACUGAUCGUCCGCUUGAGUCUGGUCAGAAUCAUGUGAAACUCUCGGACCUCAUGACCCGCUCUAGUGGAGAUCAGGUAGAUCGUGAGCAGAUCUCGGCCACAUCUAGCCUUAAAAAUGAUAUUUCAACUCCUACUCUUUCCAUUAGUCCAGUAGAUGAGUCUCAGUCUGUGUCCGCUCCUGUGGAUGAAGCAGCUAGUGUCACGCUGACUCCUGCCGAAGCCGCUCACCCUUCAGAUGGACCCGUAGAGUCAGCCGAGGCCAAAAGCAAGGAGCUAGUGGAUGAUGAAGGCAGCACUAACAUGGAGCAGCCCUCCUCGGAGAUCUACGGGGAAACGCUCAACUCCAGCGAGGUGCCCGCGCACGGCUCCAGUCAGAAAGAGUCUGUUUUCAUGAGGCUCAACAAUCGCAUCAAGGCUCUGGAGAUGAACAUGUCUCUCAGCGGGCGCUACCUGGAGCAGCUGAGCCAGAGGUACAGGAAGCAGGUGGAGGAGAUGCAGAGAGCCUUCAACAAAACCAUCAUCAAGCUGCAGAACACCUCCAGAACGGCCGAGGAGCAGGACCAGAGGCAGACGGACUCCAUCCAGGUGCUGCAGGCUCAGCUGGAGAACGUGACGCGACUCGUCCUUGGUCUGUCUGUCAGCGUGAGUCAUCUACAGCAGGAGGUGUCUGACAGGCAGAGCUACAUCCUGCUGUGUCUGGUCCUCUGUGUGCUGCUCGCGCUGCUGAUCUGUGUCAACUACCGUCAGAUGUGUGAGAGUCCAGCGCUCGACACGCACAGAUCCUGCUGCCCUGAGAGAGAGCUGCUGUCUGAUGAAGAGCCGGUGAUCCUGAGACGCAGAGCCUCUGAUCCGCCCUCGCUCUCGUCCCUCCAGAAGCCUGAAGGAGGUUCAGAGGAAACCAGCAGCCUGAAGCAGUGGGAACAGGGUCCAGUUAGUAGAAAAAAGAAGCAUAAGCUGAAGCUCAGCAGGAGUCCAGAGACUCGAGCCGCUCCGCCGGUCACUGGUGUGAUUCCUCAGAGCACCAUCGGCCCUCAGGAGGUCAGAGACGUGAUGUCGGACGGCUCCGAGGCCUCCUCGCAUUCUGACGAGACUCUGUUCUGUGGAAUCACCAGCUGUACGCGUCUGUGUGAGAAGAUACCUGUGCCAGGACGCUGGACACAGAGCAGACGGCAGAAGACUGCAGAACAGCUGCAUCAGCCUCCACAGCGCAGCGACCUGUAUAAUCUGACCCACACUGGACACACUGACCCGCACUGGACACACUGACCCUCCGAGGUCGGACCCACAGUGGACACACUGACCCUCCGAGGUCUGACCCACACUGGACACACUGACCCACACUGGACACACUGACCUGCACUGGACACACCGACCCGCUGGGGUCUGACCCGCACUGGACACACUGACCUGCACUGGACACACUGACCCUCCGAGGUCUGACCCACACUGGACACACUGACCUGCCCUGGACACACUGACCCUCCGAGGUCUGACCCGCACUGGACACACUGACCUGCCCUGGACACACUGACCCUCCGAGGUCUGACCCGCACUGGACACACUGACCUGCCCUGGACACUCUGACCUGCCCUGGACACACUGACCUGCACUGGACACACUGACCCUCCGAGGUCUGACCCACACUGGACACACUGACCUGCCCUGGACACACUGACCCUCCGAGGUCUGACCCGCACUGGACACACUGACCUGCCCUGGACACACUGACCUGCACUGGACACACUGACCCUCCAAGGUCUGACCCACACUGGACACACUGACCUGCCCUGGACACACUGACCUGCCCUGGACACACUGACCCUCCGAGGUCUGACCCGCACUGACCCUCCGAGGUCUGACCCGCACUGACCCUCCGAGGUCUGACCCGCACUGACCCUCCGAGGUCUGACCCGCACUGACCCUCCGAGGUCUGAGCCGCACUGGACGCACUGACCCUCCGAGGUCUGAGCCGCACUGGACACACUGACCCGCUGGGGUCUGACCCGCACUGGACACACUGACCCGCACUAGACACACUGACCCGCACUGGACACACUGACCGGCUCUUGCACUGGUCAGACACUCUGGAUGUUGAACUCUUCUGCAUCUCUCUUCAGCGCAGGUUUAUACAGUUUGGCAUUAUUCUUUUCUAAUAAUGUGCCACUUUCAGACAAUCAUUAAUAAAACAUGAAUAAUUGAA